AGGAGGUGGGGCUCGUUCUUACUAGUCACAUGAUAGAGAAAGAUGGCAAGCAAGUGGCUGCUCUUCACUGCUCUUAUUCUUGCUCUUAACAGCUUCAGCUAUGCUGCAGAAUGCAGUGGGAAGCCUAGCCCCACUGCUCAGCCCAAUGUGAACCCAAUACAAACUGCUCCUCCAAAGUUUGUCAAGAGUGUUAAGAAUGGGAAGCUGUACACGGUUGGAGUUGGAGAGGACAUGAUCAACGUGGUGCAUGUCUGGGGUACUCCUUAUGAAAUGGGCUAUGCACAUGGAGAGCUGUUGACAGAGAAGGCACAAAGCAUGCUCAACAGUGUGUGGGGGUAUCUGGAGCAACAAAUAAAAGAUGCAAUUGAUGGGAAAGUUGAUUUCAUCCCAAAGUGGUUCCUCAAUGAUGUUGCCAACUUGGGAUUGGACGCAGCCUUGGGCCUCGAGUAUGAGAUCACCAACCAUUACACUGGCAAGUACUUUGAGGAGGAGAUCCAGGGACUGGCAGCUGCUUCUGGAGUUGACGUGAAGAAAAUCCGUGAUAUUCACAUGAUUGGAGAGCUAACGAAGGGGUCUUGUUCCAUGUUUGGUGCCAAUGGUUCAGCCACACCUGAUGGUGGGCUACUGCAGCUCAGAGCACUAGACUGGAAUGUGGACGGUCCAUUCAAGAACUACCCCCAAAUCACUGUGUACCAUCCCAAUGUUGGAAAUGGUCAUGCCUUUGCUAACAUUGGAUGGACAGGCUGGAUUGGAUCAAUCACUGGUGUUUCCUCUGAGAAGAUAGCUAUCUCAGAGAUUGGAGUGUCUUUUCCUGACGAUACUUUCGGAAAGGAAUCGAGAUUUGGCAUCCCCUUCACAUAUAUCUUGAGGGAUAUUCUUCAGUUUGACGUUAGCCUUCAGGAUGCCAUGAAGAGACUGUCCUCAGCUGAUCGCACAUGUGAUCUUAUUCUGGGUGUGGGAGAUGGAAAGGAUAGCGAGUUCCGUGGUGUAGAGUACUCUCAUUCUGUGGCCAACUUCUUCACCUCUGACAACCUCAAACCCACUGCUGACUGGCACCCCAUGAUCAGAGAUAUCGUCUACUGGGGAAUGGACUGGUUGUGUCCUGGCUACAGCGUAGUGCUGGCCAGGCAACUCACUGCCUACCAUGGCAACAUCACAGCUGCUAACACUAUUCAAUACGUGGUACCCAUCGUACAGACGGGGGACCUUCACGUUGCAGUGUACGACCUGCCCAACGAGGUGCUGUAUGUGGCCAACGCUAGAGCUGAUGAUGAGACUGGACCCAACAUGGCCUAUGACAGAGCCUUCAUUCGAAUGGACAUGGCCACAGUGUUCAGUGAGCAGCCACCGUCCCCCUGAACUCUGAACUUUAUAUAAUUAUAAUGACUAAAUUGUUAUAAUUUGACAGUAAGACAGGUUGCCAUGGUAAUUUAAAUAAUUUGUUUUUUACUUGAUUGUGUUUAUUUCAAAAACAAAGUAUGACACAC